AUGGAAAUGCAUCGGCGACGAAAAACUAUUACUGAACCCGAAACACGUUAUUUUGUUAAACAAAUUGUUGAAGCAUGUAUUUAUUUACAUGAUAAACGUAUUAUACAUCGGGAUUUAAAAUUAGGCAAUUUAUUUUUAAAUGAUCAGAUGGAAGUAAAAAUUGGUGAUUUUGGUUUAGCCACACGUAUUGAAAGUGAAAGUGAUCGUAAACGAACAUUAUGUGGAACACCAAAUUAUAUUGCACCUGAAGUCAUCAAUAAAAAAGGUCAUUCAUAUCAAGUUGAUGUAUGGUCAUUGGGAUGUAUUUUAUAUACCUUACUUCUUGGUAAACCCCCAUUUGAAACAUCAUCGUUAAAAGAUACGUAUUCAAAAAUUCGUAAAAAUGAUUAUACCAUACCAGAAAAUAAAAUACAACGUGAAGCUGUUGCUCUAAUUCAACGUUGCCUUCGCCCAGAACCAUUUGAUCGUCCAACAAUGUCACAAAUAUAUAUCGAUCAGUUUUUUGCGGGUUUUACUCCGCAAACAUUACCAACAAGUGUUUGUACUGUUGCACCACGUUAUAGUACAUUACCUACUGUUGUCAGUAAUCAUCAGCCAUCAAUAACUCAAAUACAGCAACAACAACAACAACAACGUCGACCAUUUACAGAGCAACAACAAAAUGAACAAGCAAUGAUUGCAUCUCGACAUCAACAAUUACAGACAAUGCCGACGCCGAUAGUCAUGACCGAAGGUCUAAAUGAUAUUCAUGGACCUUGUGGUGUUAAUUUGAGACAAGUACCAAAUCAAACAGAUAUUGCAUUAUCAAAUCAAAUGACAAGACAAUUAACAGGUUUAGAUGGUGCCUAUGCUCAUCCGAUGAACGAAGAAAUUAAUGAUGAUCUCAAUCUGGCUAUUGAUCUUCAGCGACAAUUGAAUCAUUUAAUUGAAACAAAACCAAAUGAAUUACAAGCAAAACGAGAAGAUGAAGCUGAAGAUCCAGCAUCAGCACCCAUGUUAUGGAUAUCAAAAUGGGUCGAUUAUUCGGAUAAAUAUGGUCUUGGUUAUCAAUUGUGUGAUGAUUCAGUGGGUGUUCUAUUUAAUGAUUUAACACGUUUAAUUAUGACAGCUGGCGGUGCUGAAAAUUUACAGUAUAUUGAUCGUGAUGGCGUUGAACAUUUGUGUACGAUGAAAGAUUAUUCGGAUAUGUUAAAAAAGAAAGUGACAUUACUCAAAUAUUUCACAUCUUAUAUGGAUGAACAUCUACUCAAAGCCGGAGCAUCGCAUGCACCACGACCAGGUGAUGAAUUGUCACGAUUACCAUUUGUUAAGACGUGGUUUCGAACUCGAAAUGCAAUUGUAUUUUAUCUUUCAAAUGGGACAUUACAAAUCAAUUUCUUUCAAGAUCAUACAAAAGUUGUUCUAUGUCCAUUGAUGAGUGCCGUAACAUAUAUUAAUGAACAUCGAGAAAUACGUACUUAUCGUUUACAAUUAUUAGAACGUUAUGGCUGUACAAAACAAUUAUAUACACGUGUUAAAUAUGCUAAAAGUAUGAUCGAUCGUAUAUUAACAGCAAAAACGAAUCAAAAUCGUUUACAUUAA